CCGGCCGAGCCGAGGCUGGCCCUGCUCGGCGGCAGCAGCAGCAGCAGCAGCAGCAGCAGCCGCCAUAGCCAUGAAGUCGCUGUGCCUCGUCACCGUGGGGGUCCUGGCCAUGACGCUGCUCAUCGCCAGCAUCUCCUUGCUGGUCGCGCACGUCUUCCAGACGGUGGUGGAUCUGCAGGUGAAGCAGGGAACAGUACUGAAGAAUGGCACGGAAACCUUUGAGGCCUGGGAGGACCCUCCCCCCCCAGUCUACAUGCAGUUCUACUUUUUUAAUGUGACAAAUCCUUUGGAAGUGCUCCAAGGGGCUACUCCUCUCGUAGAGGAAAUAGGACCAUACACCUACAGGGAAUACAGGCCAAGAGUGCACAUCCAGUUUUUGGACAAUGGAACCAAAGUGUCUGCUCUAAACCCAAAGACUUACAUAUUUGAACCUCAGAAGUCAGUGGGAGACCCUGAAGUGGACCUGAUCAGGACAGUAAAUAUUCCUGCAGUGACUGCCAUGGAGUGGACCAGGUCGACCCCUCUGCAGUUUGCCACAGAGGUGCUGCUGCUUCUGUACCAGGAGUCCCUGUUCACGGUCCGCAGCGUCCAUGAGCUGCUGUGGGGCUACAAGGACAGGCUGCUCUCCACCAUCCACGUGCUGCAUCCCGAGAUCGACCCUGUCUUCGGGCUCUUCAACAAGAUGAACGGAACUGAUGAUGGAGAAUAUGUUUUCCUGAGUGGGGAAACGAGCUACCUGAACUUCUCCAGGAUUGUGGAGUGGAAAGGAAAAGAGUCCUUGAGCUGGUGGACAACAGAGACAUGUAACAUGAUCAAUGGCACAGAUGGGACAUCCUUUCACCCGCUGAUCAACAAAGAUGAGAGCAUCUACAUCUUUUCUUCUGAUUUCUGCAGGUCCCUGUUCCUGGUGUACGACAGCUCGGGAGCCGUGGCCGGGGUGCCCACGUUCCGCUUCGUGCCCUCCUCCAUGGUGUUUGCCAACACCUCGGUGAACCCCGCCAACGCCGGCUUCUGCGUGCCCGCCGGGAACUGCCCCGGCACCGGCGUGCUCAACGUCAGCGUCUGCAAGCAGGGUGCUCCAAUAUUUCUGUCAGCUCCACAUUUUUACCAGGCAGAUCCAAAGUUUAUAGAAGACAUAGAGGGCAUGCAUCCCAGAAAAGAAUACCAUGAGACAUUUCUGGACAUCAAUCCUCUGACGGGGCUCGUCCUGCGGGCAGCCAAGCGGAUGCAGGUCAACGUUCACGUCCGAAAAUUACCUGAAUUUUUUGAAACAGGCAACAUCCGAACGCUGAUUUUCCCAGUGAUGUAUAUAAAUGAGAGUGUUCUGAUUGAUGAAGCAUCUGCCAGCAAACUCAGGCAUGUCCUGCUAGAAGCCAGUGUUGUGACUGGGAUCCCCUUUGUGAUCAUGGCUCUGGGGAUAGUUUUUGGGAUUGUUUUCAUUGUGCUGGUGUGCAGGUCCCGGGGGAUAAGUGAAGAGGGAGGGGAAGUUUUAAUAGACUCAGAAUAAACGCGCCAAAGCAAAGGAGCGGAGUUAAUCUGAGAAGCCUGAGCACUGAAGAGGAGAGGUCCCCACUCAUCAGGACGUCUUAGUAGAUUUUCUUUACCCUGUGAGCUUGGAGAAUAAACCAUUAGAGCUGACCUAACACCAGCUGUCCCCUGUGGAGGCACGGUUGUGUCCAGCGUGACUUUUUGUGGGACAGAGGUGGAAGAGACUCUGCACUGUCAGCCAGGGAGGAGACUUUUUUCUCGCCAGCUACAUUACAACUUUAAAACUCCGUUUUAAAACUGCUCCAGAUCCUGCUUUUCUCAGCCUUGCCCUCUGUUUGUACCUGCGCUGGCAGCCACAGAGGAUCAGAACCACUGGAUGGGCGACCACAAGCCGGCCUGAUUCCCUACAGGAGCCGCGCAGGUGGUGUUUGCAAGCGGCCUUGGCAAUGUGGACGGCGUUCUGGGAAUACAGCAGGCUCCUGGAGGGCCCUGGGACAGGGACAGAUUGGCUGUAGGCCGGGUGGUGUCCUGUCUGUAACGUGCUGCGUGUCCUUACUGCGGUGUGCACCGAGUGUUUGUUAUUCAUGUCCCUGCUCCUGUCACAGCACAUGUACAACUAAUCCAGCCCAGAGCGGAGCUUUGCGCAGCGUCUGUAGCUCCAGUGCAACCGAGCCAGCGGCUGGAAGUGCUUUUCCAUGCAAACCACCUAACUGUUCCCACUCUGCUCGUUAGCCAGGCUUUUCUCCUUCAGGUGUGGGGUUUGUUCUGCAGCUUCAGGCACCGCAGCUCAGCGCUGUUCUUGGGGUGGAGGGGACAAAGCUGGUGGGUGUUGUUGUGGGGGUUUGGUGGGAAUGCAGACUUGGCAUGUUUGGGAUGAGAGUACCCCUCCGUGUUAUGGACAGGGUCCUGAGAACUCCUGACAGUUUUUUUACUUGUGAAACAGAAACUUGUGUUAAAAGUCACAAAGGUUUCCCCCCCUCCCCGAUUAAAAGAAUAUUCUCAUCGA